GUUUUAAAGGACAAAGGUAAUAAAAUAUAGUCAAAGUGGAAUAUAUGUAUAUUGCAUUGGGAGACUGUUUAAGCAAGAAUUAAACUACUCUAAAUUUAUAUGUAUGUAGGGAUCGUACAAGAAACAGAAUGUAAAAACUAAAAGAUUAAUGAAUGAAAUGUAUUAAUCUAAAUGAAUAUCUGAAGGAAUGGUGCUACAAAUGCUUAGAUAAUCAGGCCAGGUUGAUCGUGUCCCUCUACUCUAUGUUUUUUUCUAUUUAUACAGCAAUAUGACUCUAUUCAUAUAAUUCAACUGUCCGCCGGAAAUGUCGCCGAGUCCCUAGGCCCCGUCAUUCGGUUGAGUACUCCUACUAAGUCCAUCCUUAUCCGAUUCGUUGGUCAUUUGUUUAGUUGGACUUUGCUUCUUAGGGAUGGGCCGAUCUAUUUGCACUUCUGUGGCCCAACAAUUGCCCCCAAUUCAAAGAAGAGGAGGGCGCCAAUUUCAAAAAAUUAAAAGGCCAACCGAUUAUUUGAAUUUUCAUCAUGACAUUGCCUUGGAAUGUGUAAGGCCGUCAGUCGUUCAGUAUCAAUCAAUCACUAACCUCUUCCUCCCUUAGUGAAUUAGUUCAGCAAGAAAAACUUCCUCUCUCCUCCCUUCGAUUUCCUGCAAAUCCCGGCCAGCACCUUGGUUCUUCAUGGCUUCACAACCCUUCAUUCCUCAACACAUUUUAGAUCCGAAGAACUCCAAGCAAGCGAAACUUUCAGAACAUCAUGUCGACUUUAUCAGAUCUUCCAUCGGCUUUCCUCAUGAUGCGCUUAUUCGCUUUCCAGCAGCGAACGAGAGGAUAGAUUGGUUCUGCGAUGGCUGGGUAAACUUUCUGAUGUCCCUUUCAAGAUAGGUAUGAAAUUCCCAUUUUCACGUUUAGUCCGAGACUUUCUUGCUUUCGUCGGAGUAUCGCCUUCCCAAAUCAUGCCCCAAGUAUGGAGGGUACUUAGAGCGUUAGAGGUCUUGAGUGAGAAACAUAGUUUGGUCCUGGAUUUUGAAGACUUGGGUUUUACCUAUGACCUCAGAUCCUCAGGAGCCGAUCGCUUUACUUUAGCAGUGAAGGAAGGAAAAGAAGCCCUAAUUCAUAAGGUGGACAAAGCUAAUGACCGGGGAUGGAUGAAUUUGUACUUCUUUGUAAACAAAGAGUCUUUAGGUUCUGACGGAUCAUUCUUGGAGGAGAACUUACACAAAGAGAGGAAGACUAUUCCACUGGUUCCCGGCCCACAUUCUGAGGAGAGAAACGCCAGGAUUCUUUCGUUCCCCAUCGAGGAUCGAACUUAUGUGAAUCUGGUGUCAGACUUUCAAGGUCAAGGAUCUGAAGCUUCCAAAGAUGAUGGCGAGGGUAUGAGCGCUUUCGUCCCUCUACAAGUCGUUUUUCCCACUGUUAAGAGUACUCCCAUGCCCCCAUUCAAGAAUUCUACUCCUAUUACAGCUACUUCAUCAAGUACUUCUCGUUCCGUUCCUUCUGACCACGAUUUGUUGGCUAUGGCAUCGAGGAGGAAAAGGAUGUUCUCUAAAUUGGCAGCAAAUCCUCCAAAGGUCCCCAAAUACCCAACGCCUGAUACCGCUACCACUCCUGAUGCCCCUAAUGCGGAGCAUGGGGUUGAUACCCGAGCGAAGCCACCACAAGCUAUGCACUUAUCACUUUCCCCGGAAUUCUGCGAAUUGAAGGACGCUCUGACCAUGAAAGACGAAAUGGCCCAAUUUCAGUUGGCCUCUUCUGCUCCCUUUUUCGACUGCUUGCCUCCUCCUGGUGUUAUUGCUGCCUCCUCCGCUUAUGCGUUUCAGGUGCUGAUGAACCACUACGCUUAAUGAAUUUUCUUUCCUUUUUACUCUUGAUUAAAUUGUCUUGUCUUUUUUCAGAGUAUUCAAGCGAGCCUUGUUGUUGUUGCUCGUGUAUCUUCACUAGAGAGAACCAUUGAUGAAUUGAAACAGAAGGAGACUACCCUAGUAUCUUCUCUUGAUAAGAGUGCAAAGUUAGUUCGAGAAUUGGAAGACAAAAGUUCUACUCAAUCUGCCCAGAUUCUGCAGCUCAAUACCAGAGUCAAAUCCUUGGAGGCUUAUGGUCGAAAAAAGAAACAAGAAGUAAUUGACGCCGCUUGCUAUUAUGUCUGGAAGACCAGGGGUGAGUUGAUGACAUCUUUUAUUAAAUGAGAAAUGACAUACCAGUCAGCGGAACGGGAUGUAGCUACAUGGCAUAAACUGAGGGAAGAGAUGGAUCCUCCUGUAGGAGAAGACGGCUUCGAGGUGGGUCAUUCUGACGAUGAGAUUGAUCUUUAGUGUUUACCGGUCAGACGAUCAUGCAUACCCUUUUUUCCGCUGGAUUACAAACAUUCCCUUCUUUUGAAUUACUCUGACACUUUUUGACUUGCGUUAAGGGUUCCCGGUGGUUUAUCCGGGACUUAACGCCUUAUCGCGCUACUCAUGGGCUUCACGCUUGGCGGUUUAGCCUAGCCCUGUCCACACCAUUAUGUGAAUCUGUCACUGUUUUUGCUAUUGCUUGG